CAACCAAGGCACAUGCCCUUGACCGGAAUCGAACCUGGGACCCCUCAGUCCACAGGCCGACGCUCUAUCCACUGAGCCAAACCGGUUUGGCCAUACUUUAUUUUUUUUUAAAAAUCAUCAGACCUCAAUCAACCAGCAUUCUCCACUAGGAAACUGAUCCUGGAAAGGCCAAAGGUCUUUGAGUGUCUAAAGACUGGAAGAAGGAAAUUAAAAUUCACUGAGCAUCUAUUCUAAUACUAUGAGUGGUACUAGAAAUAUUAGAGAUUAGGGGUGAGCACCUCAAUCCCUAACUCCAAGGAGUGCCGCCUGGUAAAGUGUGGCAGAAUCUGGAAUGGGGUUUGCCAUCAUUCUGUUGGAGAAGGAAGGGUGAGCCUUUUGGGAAGGCUUCUCUGAGAGGUGACACCUGGGAAGGGGGCUGCAUGAGGAGGAGUUUAUCAGGCAGAGGGGGAGAGGAGGUAAAGAUAUAUGGGGAUCUUAUGGGUUGUCGGGUGUGUUGUAUGAAAAUGUAAUCUCCAGCCCUAACUAGUUUGGCUCAGUAGAUAGAGCGUCGGCCUGCAGACUGAAAGGUCCCAGGUUCGAUUCCGGACAAGGGUAUGUACCUUGGUGUGCAGGAGGCAGCUGAUUGAUGUUUCUAACUCUCUAUCUCUUUUCAUCUCUGUAAAAAAUCAAUAAAAUAUAUAUUUUUAAAAAAGAAACUGUAAUCUCCAUAUUCCCUGGGGAAGGACAUUCAAUUCCCUUUAUAAAGGAGCAGAGAUCAUAGCGGUUGAGUCCACAGGCAGGAAACGACAGAGCUGGGAAUGGAAGCUAAACCUGUGACUUAGAGCAGGAACUCUUUCCUCUGCGCUCAGGGAGACUGCAGAAGGGAGCGGGCUCAAGAGGGACCUUGGGGUUGUCCACAAUGGGUGAGGGGAGGACACUGGAAAGAAGAGCCGGAGGCCCAGGGCUACGCAGGGACCCGAUUGGAGCCGAAGAAUGUGCUUGUGUCACUAGAGACUUUGACUUUGCCCCUUAGGCUCGCCUCCCUCGGGGCAGAUAAAGGAGUGGGGGGAUCAGAGUGGGGAUCAGAGUGGGGAUCAGAGCCGCUCACUCCUGGCUCCCUGGCUCCCUGGCUCCCUGGCUCUGAAUGUGGGAGUGACAGAACUGGAUGAAUUAGGGGAGGGGCCAUCGCGGGCCCCGCCCACAACCUUUGUGUCGGGGGAGCUGGAGAAAGGGCGCCGGUUGAGAGCCAAUCAAGAUGCCGCAUGUAAAUGACCCCGAGGGGCGUUCUCUGAGCGACUCCAGAACAGUGUCGCUGCCCCCCAGCGGGCAGAGAUCGCACUGCCUGGCGCCAUGCGAGGCGCUAACUUUGGUGAGUCGUGGGGUUCGGCCACGGACAGACGCCCGGGCGCCCGGGGUCUGGGAGGGGCGAGGAUUGGAGAUGGUCAAAGUCAGGAUGAGGACGUCCUUGGGGACCCCAACCCCAACGGUUCCGGACACGGAUGUGUAUGCCGCAGCCCAGGGGUCUCCAGGAGCAACGGCAGGGCCAGACCCCGGAGGGACUUGGGGUGGCGGGAGCGAGGGACCUGUGGACCCGGGGCCUCUGACGCAGUGUCCUACAGAGGGACGGAGACUCGAACCUAUGGAAGCCUGGGGAGAAACUCACGCCUUCUCCCCGCCCGAUGCGGAGAGGCAGCCGCGGCCGCACGGCAAAACGGAAGAGAGAGGACGGCUGGCAGCCGACCGGUGCACCCACAUCAUGAACACCUGCCGCCACCACUCCGGAUACCUGGCGGACGAUGAGGCCGGCCACAUCACGUACCGGGCCCGGGUGCAGCCGCCUAAGAAGCCACCGUUCCUGAAAGUGGAGCAGCCCUCCAAUCUGGGCCACGUGCCACACCCACCGUCGAUGUAUGGCCCCUCCGGCAGCUCAGGGCUUCGCAGCCACCGUGGGAGCACGAGGGACCCUCGGCCCUUUGGCAGUUUCCUGGAUUUCCUGGUGGAGGGCCAGGUGCUAGAGAGCCUGCAGAGGGUGGUGGAGGAAGCAACUGAGCGCAUGGCUACCAUGAAGACAGAGGCUGGGGCGCCGCUGGUGGAUGUGCAGGACCCAGUGGAGAUGCCGAGGGGUGGGCGACGUGUGCGUGCCCGGCCCAGCCUCAGUACUGUGCACCGGCACCAGGUCCAGCCCAGCCUCUGCAUCGGGCACCCCAACAACUACCCAUCCUGCUCCAGCUCCAUGUCUGACUCACAUAGCAACGCCACAGGCGGCUACCCGGGUUCCUAUGGCCGGGACAGCGACCUGGGCUACCGCGGCCUAGGCCCACUGCCACCCAUAAGGGACAAACUGCUGCAGGAGAAGAGCCUUAAACGGCUGCUGCGGCUGGAGAACAGAGGGAAACGCCUGCCCUGCUCCCAGGGGGAUUCUCUGCUGUGGGACUCACUGGGCUCAAGCUUGGGUACACCGGAAGCAUCAGAGCUGGGGAUUGGCGAGAGAGAGCUGAAAUUCCUCAAGAGAGAGUUCAACAGGGAGAUCAAGUCCUUGCUGAGCCAGUCGGAGGCCUUCAACCUGCCCGGCUACUCUUCGUUCCGUGAGCCCCAUCGGACCCUAGACCUCCUGGCCAAGCACCAUCUCUUCCCUGCCCUGCAGAGUGUGGUCAACCAGGCUGUGGACAAGCUCAGUGGCGCCCUCCGGCAGAACGGCUGCCCUCUCUUCCCAUCAGAAUGGGAGCCCAUCACAAAGCCCAAUUUAGAAAUCACACCAGGCUCCAAACUGGCCACACCCAACCCAGAGGAGACCACUGACGAUCUCCCCUCCACCGCAGCCUCCAGCUCCAAGAUGACUGGAAGAAAAAACAAGCCCAGAACACGGGACAAGCCCAAGGAAGGUGGUUCCACCAUGUCUAAUGCCCAAGGAGCCACCAGAUUUAGGCUCCAGAGCCCCCAUUACAACAGGAAGAAGACGACACUGCCCUCCAUCUCCUCCAAGUCCAUAUCCUACAUCUCCAACCCCUGGUCUGAGGAGCUUAUCAACGACAUGACGGAGCAGGCUGUCUCCUUGCUUGUCUGCAAGUACAAGUUUGAGAGGAACCUCACCAAGCAGCUGGGCCUCAUCUCCUUCCCCAUCACGGAGACCCUCGUGGACCUCUUGCUGGGCUUCAAGAAAGUGAAAGGCUCCAACAUCUGCCUGUCCUCGGAGGUCAACUGGAACGACCUGCUGCGCAUGCUGGAGGAGGCCCAGUGGGCCCGGCAUGUGUCCCUGGAGGCCUCCCAGCAUGACGCCUCCCAGCACACUGCCUCCCUCCCAGGCAGCAUAGACACCCCCUCCAUAUUGUCUAUGCCGGCCACUGUCCUGGAUCAGGUGGCCGAGGAGCCAGGCCCCCAGUUACCUACCCUUCAGGAGAAAGGUACAGCGGAGGAGCACAAGCCCACGAACCAGUUGGAGCCCAAGCCCUCCGCAUCCCAGACCACUGGCACGGGCUUCAAGCAGCCUGAGCAAGUAGUGGACAUGGGGGAGAAACAGAAUAGGGAGGGGGAGGGGGAGGAGGAGGAAGAGGAGGAGGAGGACGAGGAGGAGGAGGAAGAAGAGGGGGAGGAGGAGGAGGAGGAAGAGGAAGAA